AUGGGAGAACCAGGUUCGACGCUGCUCCUGCUGGGAUUGCUGGUGUCUUCCGCAGCAGCUAACCUUAGUGCUCGAUACGACGAGAACACUGGCCGGAUCCUGAUACUGUCCAACAAAGAUGGUCAUAUAGUGGAAGUGGGAUACAUCAUAGGUCACAGUGACAAGAGUUCUCCCAGUCCACGACAUGAGAGGCGCAGCAAUGAAGAGUACUUCUACUUUGACAAUUCUUCAAAGCACCUAGGGGCCCACAUCUAUGGCGGACUCGAGUCAACGUAUCAGACAUGGCCCACUGAGAGCACCAAGUACGACCACCACCCGUAUGUCCCCAACGCAGGUAACCACCAGGCCGUGGUCGUACGCUACUGGCUUUUCUCCGACGGAAGAUUCGUCCACAUUAAACCAAACGUGCCUCUUUUCAUCGACCAGAAUACGAAUCAGUCCCUAGAUGCAAUUUGUAUUGCUGAGAAUAAGGCUCCUUAUCCAAUUGAUCGAAGUGAGAUUGUUAUGGAGUGGGAUCUGUGUUCUUUCGACGACGUGAAACAAGCGCAUGUGUACGCAAUUGAAAACUAUUUGGGCAAACCGACGGAAAUUCCGGAUGCGGGCAUGGCUACUUACCCCAUUUGGUCAACGUGGGCGAGGUUCAGAGCAUCUGUUAACGACUCGAAGGUGAGGCAGCUCGCCAACGAGGUAAUUGCCAACAAAUUCUCCAAGAGCCAAAUAGAAAUAGACGACAACUGGGAGACCUGCUAUGGCAGCUUCACUUUCGACAAGACCGCAUUCCCCGACAUGCGUGGCCUCACGAAUGAUCUUCACGCACUGGGAUUCCGCGUGACUCUGUGGGUACACCCAUUUGUUAACUCGAACUGCGAACCCGUUUAUUCGGAUGCACUAGCCAAAGGUUACUUUGUGAGCAACACCGAUGGAAGCACUUUCACUGUGUGGUGGAGAGGAUCUGGUGCCAUCGUCGACUUCACUAACCCUGAAGCAGCAGCCUGGUGGUCGAAUCGUCUCUGGGCACUCCUCAAUGAGACUGGGAUCGACUCGCUCAAGUUCGGCGCCGGCGAGACGAACCUGCUGCCGCAGCUGCCCGUACUCGAGCCCGCCGAACUGAACCCCGUCGUCUUCACCGACCAGUACACGAGUACCGCCUCCCAGUUCGGGCCGCUGGUCGAGAUGCGCGCCAGUGUCCAGAGCCAGCGGCUGCCCCACUUCUUCCGCAUGGUCGACCUGGACAGCAACUGA